AGUAACUUUACUAACUGGUAACAAAAUUUUUGUUUUCCAACGCAGAAUAGGCCUGCAAAAGGAAUACAGAACAUUCGCCGUCCCGUAUAAAUUAAAGAAAUUACCAGAGCAAUUGGUUAAAAACAGAGGACAGGACGGAUGGUCACCGCAUGUAUACCCAUAGUGCAAUAUUCACACCCUGUGUUAAAAUUCUUUUGUAAUACCAGCCUUAGGCUGUGUUUUUGUUUACUGAUAAGAGAACGUAAACGCUCUACUGGCACAAAAUUAUCGAAAAUAUUUAAUUUAAGUGUGUUGCGAAAUAAGAAAUAUUUGUUUAUAAUGGCAUUGAUACCACCUGUAACGCGUCUCACUUCAUCCGUUAUACGCAUAUUGGGGUGCAACCCAGGGCCAAUGACAUUGCAAGGCACGAAUACUUAUCUACUGGGCACCGGCAAAAGCCGCAUUUUGAUAGACACUGGUGAUAUGGAUGUCCCAGAGUACAUUAAACAUUUGCAAGGAGUUUUGAAGCAGGAGCAGGCGUCUUUGAGCACAAUUAUACUUACUCAUUGGCAUCACGAUCAUGUGGGUGGCGUAAAGGAUGUACUGAAGACGUGUGCAGUUGGCGUUUCUAUUUACAUAUCCUCAGAUUGUCGUGUUUACAAAUUUCCGCGCACUGAUGCGGUAGAUGUGUGCCCAGAGAUUCCCGCUGACAUUAAGGUACAUCCUUUGCAUGAUGAACAGAAAUUAAGUGUAGAUGGCGCGAACGUGAAAAUAGUACAUACCCCUGGACAUACAACAGACCAUGUUGUUUUGACCACAGACGACGGUAUACUCUUUAGUGGCGAUUGUAUUUUGGGCGAAGGUACUGCUGUGUUCGAGGAAUUAUAUGAAUACAUGAAAAGUUUGCAUAAAAUAUUGGACAUGAAGCCCGCAGUUAUUUAUCCAGGACAUGGUAAUAUUAUUGAGCAACCUGUUGACAAAAUUCAUUAUUACAUCGACCAUCGCAACCAGCGUGAAGACCAAAUAAUGGAUUUCUUUAGUCGUAAUUCUAAUAAACCUCUACAAGCUAUGGAUGUGGUUCAUGAUGUAUACAAAGAAACUCCAGAGCAAUUGUGGCCAGCUGCUGCUUACAAUGUUGGACAUCAUCUAGAGAAAUUACAGCGUGAGGGAAAACUAAAGUUCAUAGCUCAAAACGAUGAAAAAUACUACGAAUUUCAAAAAAUCAACACUUUGUAGUAUAACGUAUACGUUUG